UAGUACGUUAGUGUUUGAUAAAAUUUUAAUUACAAUGCAUAUCCGUUUAAUUGUUGCUUUAAUAUUAAGCUUAUGCUUCAUAGUGAAAGCUGAUGGUGCAACAAAUGUGAAAACUUGUGCCUUGGAGAGCUCCUGCAAAAAUGUGACUGAAACUAGCGCCAUCUGUCUGUGGGAAGAGGAAGCUGGCUGUAUACGUAAAUACGCAUCCUUAUGUCAUAUGUUAAUUGCAAGUUGUCGCAAACAAAUGGUGAUGAGUGAUUACAGUGACGUCUAUUGCUCAUUGGAGACAUAUUUAUGCGAGGAAUCGUCCUCAAACGAACGUUGGACUAUUUUCUACGGUCACGAAAAAGACUGAAUGCUAAAAACGCUACGAAAUCAAAUACAAUUU